CAUUGCUAUAUAAUUAAUAAACCUAACCUCUUCAAUAUUUAUAUUCUGCAAAAUUGGUCAUGGGGUACUUGAUCAUGGAAUUGUGUAUUCGCGCAUGAUCAGACAGAAUAUAAAUCUUUUUGUGUCAAAAAAGUUUCUUCACUGUGUGUAUAUCUUAAAUGAUAGUGUUAUUUGUGAAAGCAUCGAAAACAUAAACAAACUAUUUCACACAUUAUUUUUUACAUUUUGCGUUAUUUUCGUUUUGCCUAUCAUCGACUUAAACAGUUAGUAUGACUAUCGUCGAGGUUUGUUUUCGUGUGAAAAGACGAUUCGCUGUGCUCAAAGUUAUGCGUUGUCGUUUGCACGGCAGUAUUUAUUUAACAUAGCUAAAUACUCGUUUGUCAUAAAGUUUUUUCAUAGAUUUCGAUAUAACAGAAAUGCGAGCUGCAAAUCAUAUUCAUCGUGACGCGAUUGAGUUUUAUUUACAUGCAGACUAAGCUGACAAGCAUAAACAUGGCCGUCGUGCUUUGUGAUGAUUACUUGUGCCAGUUUGAAUUCAAAGAAGUCCUGCGAGAACGGAAAUAAUGGAUGGAACGCAUGCAUCCAAGAUAUCCAGCGUCGAUAAUUUCGUCGGAAAUGGAUGAAAAAAGUAUCGAGAAUUGAGCGUAUCCAUUUAAAAGGCGCUUCCGAAUUCAAUGCAGUGCACUUUCUAGGCUGUUGUCUGGGUGAGCAAUGAAUGUAUUCCGAAUUUUGACACCGUGUGUAUUGCAACGCAGACGACCAAAGGAGGUUGAUAAUUCUGAUAAAAGGGAUUGCUGGUUCGUGAAAAGACGGCGUGGAGAUGCUUCCUACAUGAUACAUAGAAUGGGUGCUUCUGCAUCGUCAAGCAUCACCAGUGUAGGUGGAGAUUCAAUUCAAGCAGCUAGACUUUCAUCCUCUGGUAAUCCACCUGAUCAACAUGGCAUUGCUAUCAGGGAAAAGAAGAAGAAAAUGACGGGGUUCGCGACAUUACGAAAGAAAUUCAUUCGGAGACGUCGGUCUUCAAAGGCCUGCGACCAUGGUAGGAUAAUCCGAGAUUUGGUCUCAACAUGGAGUCAUUUAGAAGCAACUGCGCUUCUAGAGGAGUAUGAGGCGUUAGCUGCAUUAAAGGAUCUCCAUGUCCAAGCCGAAUUAGCUAGACCACCAGCUGCCACAUAUAAACAGGAUUUGUCGAAGUUGUACGACUAUAAACAUUGUUCUGAUGUGGAUCUCGUCUACCGAGGAGCAUGCUUUCCCGUACACAGAGCCCUGUUGUCGGCGCGUUGCCCGUACUUUAGGGAUUUACUAGCUGGAUGUCCGGGAUAUGGUGCCAGAAUAUGCUUGGAACUGAGAACACCGAAUCUCGAAGUACAAAUGUUUUCAGCGUUGUUACGAUAUCUCUACACUGGUGAUAUUUGUCCACACGAUGCAACGUUAGAGGCGAAUCUCUUGCGACGACUGAGCGAAGAAUUCGGGACACCGAAUCCGUUGGAACAUGAUCUUAGAUACCUGUUAGACACCGGUGAUUACGCGGAUGCCGCAUUAGUGUUCACAUCGGAUAGUGAUUAUCAGAGACCAGAUAGUGGAAGUUCAGAAUAUGGAUUCCGGCCAAAGUUAGAACUGCCAUGUCAUAAAGCGAUACUUUCUGCGAGAUCCCCGUUCUUCAGAAAUUUAAUACAAAGACGGACUAGAUCUGGGGAAGAUCACACAGAAAGAGCGCUUCAUAUACCCACUAGAAUAGUUUUGGAUGAGAGUGUAAUACCCAAACGAUAUGCCAGAGUAUUGUUACAUGCAGUAUAUUUAGAUACCGUUGAUUUAUCUUUAAUUAUGAGAGGUAAUGGUUGCGGGAACAGCGCUGGUAGUCUUGGAGAGGUUCAGGCUCUUACGCACACUGGACGUGUUCGACCAAGUCCCUUAGAAGAAGCAAUGGAAUUGUAUCAAAUCGGCCGAUUUUUGGAGCUAGAUAUAUUAUCACAGGGUUGUGAAGAUCUUAUUUUAGAAUAUCUUACAUUGGAAUCACUUCCAACGGUUUUAAAAUGGGGUAGUCAACCUCAUGGAUCGGCAUGGGUACAUAGACAAGCGUUGCAUUUUUUAAGAGAAGAAUUUCAACCAGUCGCUUCUUCUUCUAUUCUUCAUCAAUUGGAUCACGCACAUUUGGCAAAUGUUUUGCAAAGCCAUUUUUUGCAAGCGAGUGAACUUGAAAUACUGCAAGCGGUACUCAAGUGGGGAGAACAAGAAUUAGUGCGUCGUAUGGAGGAUCGGGAACCAAAUUUGCUCAGCCAUACGGUACAUUCUGUAACUAGAAAAGGAUUGAAGAAGAGGGAUUUAAGCGACAUAGAAUUGCGGGAAAUACUUAGUGAACUUUUACCACUUGUCAGAAUGGAUCACAUAUUACCUCCAAACAGCGAAGCACUAGCUCAAGCUAUUAGAAGAGGAUUAGUUUCAACUCCACCCAGUCAUAUGAUAGGAGACGAAAGAGAAAAUUUACGAAUGAAUGCAUGGAUAAGAGGAGGGAAGAAAAAUGGAUUUUUUGUAAGGCCACGCUUAUUCAUGCCUUAUUACGAAGAAAUAAAGUCUUUAAUUGAGGAACAAAUGGUCCAAGAAGCAGAUUUAGUGAGAUUACGAAGGCCACGUUACGUAGCUGAUAUUCCUGAUGCCUUGUAUAUGGUUGAUGAGAAACCGAGACCAAUGGGUACAGCCGGUGUGGAUGUUCUCGCUGCGGCAUUCCCAGAUUCCACGACCUUGGCAGCUAUGAUGAAGCGGGAACAGAAAUUGAGACAAUCCCCCAGUUGUCAGAGAGCUAUUAGUUUGCCGCUGUCGUCACGUCAUGAAAUUAACAGACAAGUACGACUACGUGUUGUAAGAGAAUUCAACUUACCUGACACGGUAGCAGAUCUUUUAGAGAAUACAGCUGCAUACAACGUGAAAGAACAAAAUGAAAGGCUAACUGAUAUCGAAGAUAUGGAUUCACCGGGUUUAGGGAUCAAUGCUAGAACAGUUCCAUCAUUGUGCUAUGGAAGAAACAUGACGUUUCCACGGCCAGCCUCUUCUUGCACUCAUAGACACGAACUUCCAGCUAUAGUCACAGAAGGCGAAAGUUGUAGACUUCUUGCUGAGCAACAAGAGAACAAUUCGUGUAGCGAUGGACAAUUGUCAGGUGUGAUGCCGGAUGUUGCGAUGGCGACGGCUUCCUUUGGAGCGUUGCAACUGAUAGAGGAACAGGAACUGGAAUUGGAUCUAGGGGAUGGAACUUCCCAUCUUCUGCAACACGUUUCACCUUCGAGCGGGACGAUGGGAUCCCACAGGUCCUCCCUUCCUCAUCCUCAUCAGAGGCAUUACACUGGCCCGCCUCCUCCACCAUACAUGUACCACCGAGCUGGCACUGCCUUACCAAGAUUUAUUUAAGAUUAUUUUUACGAGAUAAAAGGACUGUAUGGCAACUAUAAUCACCCCUAAAGAGGGUAGUUCAUUUAACGAACGAAUAUGGAAUCACCAGGUGUACUCUUCAUGUACUGCCAAGUUUGUUCUCUCAGCAGUUAGAUUAGUGAAGAAAUUUCUCGGUUCGUCUACACGAAGAUUUUAACGAAAUUCAAUGGAUUCAGAGGUUGGAUAUUUUGAUUAAAUACCACAAUAUUAUUGCAUCUGUGCAGGAUGUUUCUGAAAAUUAUUUAGGAUUAAAGAAUGUUUGUGAAAACAUUUAGGAUUAUUUAUGAAGUUGGCUGAAAAGUUUUCUUAUUUUUUUUUUCAUUUUUGGGAAAUAUUUUUAUAUUCAAUUUA